AUAACAUGAAAAUGUCUAAAUCUACAUUUCAUUAGCUUCAACCAAUUACAUUUGGACGUGAUUAUUUGGUUGAGUUUUCUAUUAACGGUUCGUAUCGUUAUAAAUGCUCCAAAACCCACUCUCACAUUCAUCUUCACAUUCACUUUACAAACCAAAAUUCAAAACACAGAGCCAAAAUGGAUAUACUAUCUCACUCACAGUUCAUUGAGUUAAUACCCGGUUUACCGAGCGAACUCGGUCUCGAGUGUCUCACUCGUUUACCUCACUCAACACACCGAGUUGCAGCUCGAGUCUGCAACCAGUGGCGAACCUUACUCCAAAGCGAUGAUUUUUACUUUCACAGAAAAAAAACCGGUCAUACCAAAAAAAUGGCUUGUUUGAUUCAAGCACACGAACAACCACAAGUGGAAAAACAAACUGGGUCAACUCCACCGAGUUACGAUAUCACCGUGUUUGACGCGGAGAGUAUGUCAUGGGACCGGAUUGACCCGGUUCCGGAAUAUUCAUUUGGGUUACCGUUGUUCUGUCAAUUAACAAGCUCCGAAGGGAAGCUUGUGGUUAUGGGUGGAUGGGACCCAGCGAGUUACGAGCCUUUGACGGCGGUGUUCAUUUACGAUUUCCGAACUAACGUGUGGCGGCGAGGGAAAGAUAUGCCGGAGAAACGUUCUUUCUUUGCAACCGGGUCGGGUCAUGGUUUGAUUUAUGUUGCUGGUGGACAUGAUGAGAACAAGAACGCGCUGAAAACUGCGUGGGCUUAUGACCCGAAAAGAGACGAGUGGACGGUGUUGGCUCCGAUGAGUCAAGAAAGAGACGAGUGUGAGGGAGUGGUUGUUAACGGCGAGUUUUGGGUGGUUAGCGGUUAUGCUACUGAGAGACAAGGGAAUUUUGACGGGUCGGCGGAGGUAUUAAACAUCGGGUCGGGUAAAUGGAGAAGAGUUGAAGGUGUUUGGGAAGCGGGUCGGUGCCCCAGGUCAUGUGUUGAUAUUAGAGAAAAUGGGGAAGUGGUGGAUCCGGGGCUCCGGAUUAGUGUUUGUAGUAUUAGGGUCGGGUCGAUUAACUUGGUGACUGGAUCCGAAUACGAAGGAGCACCGUAUGGAUUUUAUUUGGUGGAUAAUGAAGAAGGGCAAAACCGUAAAAUGAGAAAGAUAAGUAGUGUUCCUGAUGGUUUUUCUGGGUUUGUUCAAUCUGGGUGCUGUGUUGAAAUCUAGUCAGUAUUACCAUAGACUUAGAGCAUCACCGUCAGAUUAAUUAAAAAAUUAGUAAAACUUAUCUCACUUAAUCUAUGGAUUAAGUGAAAGCGAAAGUAAAUAUAAAUUUUUUUUUUCCUGAUGUACAUCAUAAAAUUAAAUACUACAAAUAUUCUGCUUUACAAAAAAAUGCAAAUGUCCAAAUCUGGCAGCCAAAUGGGAAGAGAUUAUUGUACUUUGUAGUGUUGGGCUGGAGAUUGGCAUCAUAAUCUGUAAUACUAGUAUGAUUUUUCUAGUGAGUGUUUGGUUUUUCCA